CGUCGGCAAAAACAACAACAACAAUGGCAAGCGGCUCUGACGAUAUUAGAUCUGUUUUUGAAGCAGCUACAGAAUAUGUCAGAGAUAAUACGAGUUCUUUUGAUUCAGACACGUUACUUAAAUUAUAUGCUAGAUAUAAACAGGUAAAAGAAGGAGAGUGCAACACUCCAAAACCCGGAUUUCUUGACUUCCAGGGGAAACAAAAAUGGUCAGCAUGGAAGAAACUUGGAAGCAUGGGAAAGCAUGAUGCAAUGAGAGAGUACAUAGAUAUAAUAGCAAGAUAUGAUCCAAAAUGGCAGACUCAGGUAUCCAAGAGUACGGACAAGCCAAGUAGUGGUAAACAAAUGACACUAGGUGUGGCUGUUAGCACAAUGAUGAACACUGAUAAAAAUAUUGACGAUAGGCUGAAGACAAUAUUUGAUUGGUGUAAAGAUGGCGAUACGAAACGUGUGUCCAAGAUACUGGAUAACAACAAUGUUAAUGUUGACGAGAAAGACUCGGAGGGAAUGGUGUUGCUACAUUGGGCAUGUGAUAGAGGAGAUACUGACAUGGUGGCUACACUGCUAAAACAUGGUGCUAAUAUUAAUUCACAGGAUGCCGAUGGUCAGACAGGACUUCAUUUUGCCAUGGUAUGUGAACACCCAGAGGUUGUGAGAUUAUUAUUGACGAAUGGUGCUAACACUAAUAUCCCGGACACGGAUGGACAAACAGUUCAAAGUUUAAUACCUGAAACAACGGCGGAGAUUAAGCAGAUUAUUUCAAGUUUUCCAAACAGAUGACAUAUUUUACCCUCAAAAAUACAUCUGUCUCUAGGAGUAUAAGAGUGACCAUUCUGUGAUAUUCUGUUAUCUGGAGUAAUUCUAUUGAACAGGUGUAACUUUCUUGUGCUUUAAGCCGUAUGGCUUAUUAUAUUGAGGUGAACAAAUGCUAUUGGUUU